AGUGCAGCUUGGCUUUGUGUCACAUGCAUACUUUAAACUGCAUGAAGCUUUGAUGACUUGCUACAGGAUUAAUCCACUACUAUUGAGAGACAGGAUUUGAGGUCUUGUACAAAAGGAGAGGGCAACUGUCAGCUUUCUGCUGUUUCAUCUUUUAACAUUUGGAGAGUUAAGACUUCUGACUAUGAGUGAACAGGAUUAUGAGGAAGGUGGUCCAAGCUCAGUAGGUGAUGGGAUUCCAAGAGAAAGUAGUCCAUUUAUCAGUAAUGCAAGCAUGGAGAGAGGAAGCAUAUAUGAUGGGAAAAAUAUGGCUCUUUUUGAGGAAGAAAUGGAUAGCAACCCCAUGGUAUCAUCUCUUCUUAAUAAGCUAGCAAACUACACCAAUGUUACUCAGGGAGUGGUAGAACAUGAAGAAGAUGAAGACACCAAACGAAAGGAAAUCCAGGCUCCACGUAUGGGCACUUUCAUUGGUGUAUACUUGCCCUGUCUACAAAAUAUUUUAGGUGUUAUCCUGUUUCUUCGUCUAACGUGGAUUGUGGGAACAGCAGGUGUACUUGAAUCUUUCAUCAUUGUAUUCAUGUGCUGUGCUGCUACUAUGUUAACUGCAAUAUCAAUGAGUGCAAUAGCAACAAAUGGUGUUGUUCCAGCUGGUGGAUCGUAUUAUAUGAUUUCCAGAUCGUUAGGGCCAGAAUUCGGUGGAGCUGUGGGACUUUGUUUUUAUCUGGGCACCACUUUUGCCGGGGCUAUGUAUAUUCUUGGCACAAUUGAAAUUUUAUUGAAAUACAUUUCUCCAAAUGCUGCUAUUUUUACUGGAAGUGAGGAGGCCACCUUAAACAAUAUGAGAGUGUAUGGAACAUGCAUCCUUGCGCUGAUGGCCAUAGUAGUUUUUGUGGGAGUCAAAUAUGUCAAUAAGCUUGCACUUGUCUUCUUGGCUUGUGUGAUUCUUUCAAUUAUUGCUAUUUAUGCUGGGGUUAUUAAAACUGCAUUUGAUCCACCAGUCUUUAGUAUCUGUCUUCUUGGAAACCGUACAUUAGUGAGGGAUGAUUACCCUUGUGCCAAAUAUACUAUUGUAGACAAUGUAACACAGGCUACGUGCUAUGGAGAGAAUCUGUUGUGUGACGCAUCUCUGAAUGCCAAAUGCGAUGAAUAUUUUCGUCUGAACAACGUCACUGAAAUACAGGGAAUUCCUGGAGUUGCAAGUGGAGUUCUAUUUGAUAAUUUAUGGAGUUCAUAUGGAGACAAAGGAGCAAUUGUGGAGAAAACGAAAUUUCCCAUCAGUUCCUGUUUCAACUCUGGAAGAAACAAAGAAAAAUUGGCACUAUGUUGUAAUACAGAUAUCAUGACAUUUACAUUGUUAGUCGGGAUUUAUUUUCCAUCAGUGACAGGCAUCAUGGCAGGUUCAAACAGAUCUGGAGAUCUUCGAGAUGCUCAAAAAUCUAUUCCAACUGGAACAAUUCUAGCCAUUUCAACUACAUCCUUUAUUUAUCUGUCCUGUAUAAUUCUUUUUGGCGCCUGUAUAGAAGGAGUCGUCUUGAGGGACAAAUUUGGAGAAGCAGUUAAUGGAAACCUAGUGAUUGGUACAUUGGCAUGGCCCUCUCCAUGGGUUAUUGUAAUUGGCUCAUUCUUUUCCACAUGUGGUGCUGGUCUCCAGAGCCUUACUGGUGCUCCCCGGCUACUCCAGGCAAUUGCAAGAGAUGGCAUUGUACCAUUUCUUCAAGUAUUUGGUCAUGGGAAACGAAAUGGAGAACCCACAUGGGCUUUGCUCCUGACUGCGCUGAUAUGUGAGAUAGGCAUUCUUAUAGCUUCGCUGGAUAGUGUAGCUCCAAUCCUUUCUAUGUUUUUCCUUAUGUGCUAUCUCUUUGUGAACUUGGCAUGUGCAGUUCAGACUCUCCUCCGUACACCAAACUGGAGACCUCGUUUCAAGUAUUAUCACUGGACUCUUUCAUUCUUGGGGAUGAGUUUGUGUCUUGCCUUGAUGUUCAUUUGCUCUUGGUACUAUGCCUUGGUUGCCAUGCUAAUAGCAGGAUGCAUUUACAAAUAUAUUGAAUAUAGAGGAUCGCAGAAGGAGAUUUCACAUCUAAUUAUACCCAGUAGUCCUCUUUGCACCCUCGUUAAUAUUAGAUCCUUAAUGGGAGUAGAGAAAACCAAGGGAUUUUGCCAGAUUGUGGUAUCAUCCAGUAUUAGAGAUGGAAUUUCCCAUUUGGUACAAUCUGCUGGUCUUGGAGGGAUGAAACAUAACACUGUCUUGAUGGCAUGGCCUCAGUCUUGGAAGCAAACAGAUAAUCACUUCUCUUGGAAAAAUUUUGUGGACACUGUACGAGAAACAACAGCUGCCCGUCAAGCUCUUCUAGUGGCUAAAAACAUAGAUUUGUUCCCAAUGAAUCAAGAGCGCUUUAGCGAAGGUAACAUAGAUGUAUGGUGGAUUGUUCAUGAUGGUGGUAUGCUGAUGUUACUUCCUUUCCUGCUUCGACAACACAAGGUGUGGAAAAAAUGCAAAAUGCGUAUCUUUACUGUGGCUCAAAUGGAUGACAACAGCAUUCAAAUGAAAAAAGAUCUUCAGAUGUUUCUAUACCAUCUUCGACUUAAUGCUGAGGUUGAAGUUGUUGAAAUGUUUGAAAAUGAUAUUUCAGCCUUCACAUAUGAAAAAACUCUUGUGAUGGAACAGAGAUCACAGAUGCUAAAACAGAUGCAGCUCUCUAAGAAUGAAAGGGAAAGAGAGAUUCAGAGCAUCACUGACGUGUCUCGUGGCUCAAUCAGAAAGAAGAGUCGCUCUAGCCCACAAUGUAUUGCUCAAGAUGUAGACAGUCUACUACCUAAUAACAUUCAAGAAGAGGCUCAAUUAAUUCAUGAUAGAAACACUGCAUCCCACUCAACAGGAAUGAUUAAAUCUCACAGUGCUCUAUCUACACCAGAAAAAAUACAAAUGACCUGGACAAAAGAAAAACUUAUAUCUGAAAAGCACAAAAAUAAAGAAACCAGUACAGCAAAUUACAAGGAUAUCUUCAACAUGAAGCCAGAAUGGGGAAAUCUAAACCAGUCCAACGUGAGAAGGAUGCAUACUGCUGUCAAGCUCAAUGGAGUUGUGCUAAACAAGUCACAAAAUGCCCAGCUGGUGUUACUGAACAUGCCUGGACCUCCAAAAAACAGGCAAGGGGAUGAAAAUUACAUGGAGUUCUUGGACGUUUUGACAGAAGGCUUAAACAGGGUCUUGUUGGUGAGAGGAGGAGGCCGUGAGGUCAUCACCAUUUACUCCUAAUUAUUUUACUGAACGCACAGAUAUUACUAGUAGCAACAUCUGUUUCUGUUUCUGGACUUUCAUGCAGAACCUUGGCAAAUCUUGGACUAAAAAAAUUGAGCCAGCCUUGUGUUCCUUGCAUACAGAAUAGAAUCCAAGAAUUGAAUCCUAUUUUUUUUUCUUUCCCAAAAUUAUGUAAGCAAGAUUGUUUCCUACAUAGAACUCUAACAUUUGUAUUUACUGAAGAAAUGUGUUAUACAUCUGUAUAUUUUUUUAAUGUAGAAAACUGGGAGACUAUUUUUUUUUGUUCUUGGGUUAAGGGUGGGUUAUGAAGGGACAUUCCUUUUGCACAUAAAUUCUAAGUAUGGCAAAAGGAAUAACUGGGGGGGGGGGGGUUGACAUAGGAACAGACAUUUAAGUUUUUAGUACUUUUUAUAAAGGUGAAAGAAAGAGAAAAAGUUUCCAGGAACUAUUUUAUAAGAGUCUGGUCUCCAUAUUUUGUACUAUUGACCCUGCCCAAUGUUAAGCAGGUUCUGUUUCCGUGUCAAGUCUCCCUGGUUUUGUGUUAAUAUUCAGCCACAAAUAUGUGAACUGUUUAGCACUGUAUUUUAAUUAAAGAUCACUGGUUGAAUAAAAGUCCUUUAAUUUACACACAA